AUGGACACGUAUAGGUCAUUUUUAGUAGACUUUUUAGCUGGCGGGAUAUCUGCAGCCGUUUCAAAAACUGCAGUCGCACCCUUAGAGAGGGUGAAGCUGUUGCUUCAAGUACAAGCUACUUCAAAGCAAAUACCUCCGGAACAACGGUACAAGGGUAUGAUGGAUGCAUUUGUACGUAUACCUAAAGAAACUGGUUUCCUCAGUUUCUGGAGAGGCAAUCUAGCGAAUGUAAUACGGUAUUUUCCAACUCAAGCAUUGAACUUUGCGUUCAAAGACAAAUUCAAAGCUUUAUUUUUGGAAGGUGUACCGAAAGAUGCAUUCUGGAAACAGUUUGCUGGAAGUUUAGCAUCUGGUGGAGCUGCUGGGGCAACAUCUCUGUUAUUUGUUUAUCCACUUGAUUUUGCUCGUACAAGAUUAGCCGCGGACAUUGGCAAAGCAGAUAAAAGAGAAUUCAAAGGUUUGGGUGAUUGUCUAGCAAAAGUUUACAAGACGGACGGCUUUACCGGUUUAUAUCGAGGCUUCAGUGUCAGCGUUCAAGGGAUCAUUAUUUACAGAGCAGCAUAUUUUGGUUUUUACGACACUUCUAAGGGCUUGCUCCCCGAUCCAAAGAACACUCCGUUGUACAUUACCUUUCUAAUUGCACAGGUAGUAACAACAGUGGCUGGAAUCAUUUCAUAUCCUUUCGAUACAGUUAGACGACGUAUGAUGAUGCAAUCAGGACUUAGUAAAAGCGAGAUGCUGUACAAAAAUACAUUGGAUUGCUGGGUAAAAACGGCGAAAACCGAAGGAGUCGGGGCUUUUUUCAAAGGUUCUCUUUCGAACAUUCUUAGAGGUACCGGCGGAGCAUUAGUUUUAACAUUGUAUGAUUCAAUUAAAUAUGCAAUCGACGAACAAUUAACCGGAAAAAAAUCGCAUCCGCCAAACUAGUUCUUUAACCUAAUUUAAAAUAUGAAAAUGAUUUAUAAAGUCAAAUUAA